CCUUGACCUUGUUCUCUUUGCUAAUAAUAAACGCCUGACAUUUAUCUUCACCCAAAAAAAUCAGUGAGAAUCGGUUCGUAAAUCAUACGCUAGCAAGGUUCAUAGGCACAGCAAACAUCCCUUGACGCAAUGAGCCACCAAAGAUUCCCUCAAGAUGUCAUCAAGGAACCCCAUUCCAUUUCACUCAAGGUCCUGAGGCUAUCCCGCCCUUCACUGGUGGCCCAAUACCCAAUCAAGUCGCCAGAGGGCACCCAGCCGACAGCAGGCGCGGGCUCGCACCCGGCGUCGCUGGCGUACAGCUCCCCGGAUGGCACGAACCCGGACCCGUUCAUCCUGUCGCCGAUCCUGAACCUGCCGCCGUCGUUUGGGUCGGCGUACGUCGGCGAGACGUUCAGCUGCACGCUGUGCGCCAACCACGACGUGCCAGAUGGCACCGCCGCCCGGCAGGUCCGGGACGUGCGCAUCGAGGCGGAGAUGAAGACGCCCGGGAGCGCGGGCGGCGUCGUCACCAAGCUAGACCUGGGUCCCAAGGAUGUUGGUGGUGGUGGUGGUAGUGGUGGCGAGGACGGUGGCGUCGAUCUGCGCGAGGGCGAGACGCUGCAGAGGAUCGUGCGGUUCGAUCUCAAGGAGGAGGGGAAUCACGUGCUCGCCGUCACGGUCAGCUACUACGAGGCCACUGAGACGAGCGGCCGCACGCGCACGUUUAGGAAGCUGUAUCAGUUCAUAUGCAAGUCUUCGCUGAUUGUGCGGACAAAGGUUAGUCCGCUGCCUGGCGGCCUUGGGGCUGCUACGGCCUGCUCGUCAUCGUCGGUAGGGGAUAAGGAGGAGGAGAAGCAGCAGCAGGAGCAACAGUCACAACUACGAAGGCGGCGUCAGUGGGUCCUGGAGGCGCAGCUGGAGAACUGCAGCGAGGACGCCAUACAGCUGGAGCGGGUGGUGUUGGAUUUGGAACCCGGGCUGGUGUACACAGAUUGCAACUGGGACGUGGACGAGCGGCAGAAGCCCGUCCUGCAUCCCUCCGAGGUUGAGCAGGUCUGCUUCGUGGUGCAGGAGGCAGGGGCCGAGUGCGAGGUUGUGGAUGGCAAGAUAGUGUUUGGGGUGCUCGGGGUGGGAUGGAGAGGCGAGAUGGGUAGUCGGGGGUUUCUGUCUACUGGCAAGUUGGGCACUAGGUUUGAUGGGUGA